CUUUCCAGUGUCUCCACCACACCAAAAAAAAAACCAAAGAAAAUGGCUGAGACUGAGAUAAAGAAGAAAGCAGAGCUGAUCUUCAUUCCAUUACCGGGGAUUGGCCAUUUAGCUUCAGCCCUCCAAUUAGCACAGCUCCUAAUCAAACGUGACAACCAUCUUUCCAUCACAGUCCUCAGUAUCAAGUCCCAAAUUACUCCCUUUUCAGAUUCAUACAUCAGAUCAGUAAUAGCCUCUCAACCUCAAAUCCAAAUCAUUGAUCUCCCUAAAGUAGAACCACCUCCUCAGGAGCUUUUGAGAGCUACACAACACUACAUAUGGACCUUCAUGCAGAUCCUCAAACCCCAUGUCAAAGCCACUAUACAAAACAUUUUAUCAUCAUCUUAUUCAAAUCCAGUUAUUGGGUUGGUCCUAGAUUUCUUCUGUGUUCCCAUGAUUGAUGUGGGAAAUGAACUGGGCAUCCCUUCUUAUUUGUUUAUGACAUCAAAUGUUGGAUUUCUGAGCUUCAUGCUUUCCCUUCAGAAACGCCAAAUCGAGGAUGUGUUCAAUGAUUCUGACCCUGAGUUGAUGAUUCCGGGUUUCUCCAAUCUAGUUCCUUCGAGUGUUUUACCUCGUGCUGCUUUUAGCAAAGAUGGUGGAUAUGUUGCUUAUUACAAGUUUGCUCAGAGGUUCAGAGACACCAAAGGGAUUAUUGUUAAUACCUUUUCAGAGUUGGAGCAGGAUGCUAUUGAUGCAUUAUCUGAUGGCCAAACCCCUCCUAUCUAUGCUGUUGGUCCUUUGCUUGAUCUCAAAGGUCAACUUAACCCAAAUUUAGAUCAAGCCCAGCAUGACCGUGUAUUGAAAUGGCUAGAUGAACAGCCACCUUCCUCUGUUGUUUUUCUAUGUUUUGGGAGUAGAGGAAGCUUUAUUCCAUCUCAAACAAGAGAAAUAGCACUAGGACUUCAGUGUAGUGGAGUUAGGUUCUUGUGGGCUAUGCGUUCUCCACCAGGCUCAGAUAAUGCAGAGAGUGCCUUACCAGAAGGGUUCUUAGAAUGGAUGGAAGGUAAGGGAAUGUUAUGUGAGUGGGCACCCCAGGUGGAGGUUCUGGCCCACAGAGCCAUUGGUGGGUUUGUAUCUCACUGUGGGUGGAACUCUAUUUUGGAAAGCCUGUGGUUUGGGGUACCAAUAUUGACAUGGCCUAUCUAUGCAGAACAACAGCUGAAUGCUUAUAAGGUGGUGAGGGAAUUUGGAUUAGCAGUGGAGCUGAGUCUGGAUUAUAGAACAGGUAGUGAUCUUGUAAUGGCAGUGGAGAUAGAGAAAGGACUAAAACACUUGAUGGAAAGAGAUAACGUGGUGCACAAGAAGGUCCAAGAGAUGAAAGAGAUGGCAAGGAAAGCUGUCCUUAGCGGUGGGUCUUCUUUCAUUUCUGUUCAAGAACUUAUUGAUAAUAUGAUGGGCCGCAACUGAUAAGUGAUAACUGUUGUUGUAUUUCCUAGAUGGGGUUGCCCCUUUCUUAAAAUCAAUGAAUAAAAGUCAAAUUAUUUCAGUAACUGGAGCCUAUGUAAGCCAUUAUUUCCACAAGCAAGGCUUGACUUUGUGUA